AAUUUUCGGCCAAUCGCGUGCGCCGGUUCAUUACCACAACAAACCACGCCUCCUCUUUUAACACCCUCUUCAAGGUGACCUUUGCCCUGCUUGAGACCACUUCAAACUUGGGGUAAAGGACACUUUUAUCGAAUUGGCCCACCAGCCUUGACGCAUAUUUAAGAGAGGCUGAUUUAAAAUCGAUAAUCAUGACUGACAACGAGAAGCAAAGGUUAAUCGAACGUGGCGCUCACAAGGGCAAGGGCCUUGCCGUGUUCACCAGCGGUGGUGAUUCUCAAGGCAUGAAUGCAGCUGUCCGAGCUGUUGUACGGUUCGGCAUCUACCUAGGCUGCAAAGUUUACUUCAUUAAGGAGGGAUACCAAGGAAUGGUCGAUGGCGGCGACAACAUCAUAGAAGCGAACUGGUCUUCCGUCUCCUGUAUUAUCCACAAAGGUGGAACUGUGAUUGGCUCUGCCCGUUGCACGGACUUCAGGGAGAGAGCCGGUCGGCUGAAGGCUGCGAGGAAUCUGGUAAUGAAGGGAAUUACAAACCUGGUUGUGAUCGGAGGUGACGGCUCUUUGACUGGAGCCAACCUCUUCAGGCAGGAAUGGGGAAGUCUGCUGGACGAGCUGCUCCAGACAGAUCAAAUUACAAAGGAGGACAGGGCGAAGUACAGCCACUUGCACAUUGCCGGCAUGGUUGGCUCGAUUGACAAUGAUUUCUGCGGCACGGACAUGACGAUCGGCACAGACUCGGCUCUGCACCGCAUCAUCGAGGCCAUCGAUGCCAUCGCGGCCACUGCCUAUUCCCACCAGCGCACAUUUAUUAUGGAAGUCAUGGGCAGACAUUGUGGAUAUUUAGCGUGCGUUGCUGCUUCAUGCUCAGAAGCUGAUUUCAUGUUCAUCCCUGAGUCUCCCCACCCAAACGACUGGCCAGAACAUAUUUGUAGAAAACUGGAUCAGGAAAGGGCUGCAGGCCAGCGCUUGAAUAUUAUUAUCGUGUCGGAAGGUGCUAUUGACAGAGAUGGCCAACCAAUCACUGCUGAGAAGGUUAAGGAAGUGGUCGUUGAAAAACUCAACCAGGAUACCAGGAUCACCGUGCUUGGCCACGUGCAGAGAGGUGGCAGCCCGUCAGCCUUUGACCGUGUGUUGGGCUGCAGAAUGGGUGCUGAGGCUGUGAUGGCGUUGAUGGAGGCCACCCCAGAGACCGAGGCCUGCGUCGUGUCCUUAGACGGCAACCAGGCGGUCCGUCUGCCGUUGAUGGAAUGCGUUGAGCGCACCAAAGCAGUCGCCAAGGCCAUGGCCGAUAAAAAUUGGGAUCUGGCAGUCCAACUGCGAGGCCGCAGUUUCGCCCGGAACCUGGAGACUUACAAGAUGCUGACUCGUCUGAAGCCGCCAAGGUCGGCCUUUGACGAGGCUGGCAAUCCAGUUGGAUCAGCAGCCCUUCGUAAGCAAAUGACACUAUGUGGAUCGGAAGGGUACACUCUUGCCGUCAUGCACGUUGGUGCUCCGUCAUGCGGCAUGAACGCUGCUGUCCGCAGUUUUGUCCGAAACUGUAUCUAUCGCGGUGACACUGUCUACGGAAUCCACGACGGCAUGGAGGGUCUCGCUGCUGGAAAUAUUCACUCCAUGGACUGGUCCGACGUGACUGGUUGGGUUGCCCAAGGAGGAGCUUUCCUCGGCACAAAAAGGACCCUGCCGGGCAAAAUGGCGCCUGCCAUCGCUGAACAGCUGGCCAAAUUCAAAAUCCAAGCUCUGCUGCUGAUUGGAGGCUUUGAAGCCUACCAGGCUGCCGAGCAGCUGUACGAAAAUCGUCCCAAGCACAAGGAGUUCUGCAUCCCAAUCGCGGUGAUUCCUGCCACCAUCAGCAACAACGUGCCUGGUACCGAAUUUUCUCUUGGCUGCGACACAGCUCUGAACGAAAUCACGGAGAUUUGUGACAGAAUUCGCCAGUCCGCUCAGGGUACCAAGAGGAGAGUGUUUGUCGUUGAAACCAUGGGAGGCUACUGCGGCUAUUUGGCCACUGUUGCCGGUUUGGCUGGUGGAGCUGAUGCCGCUUACAUCUACGAGGAGAAGUUUGGCAUUAAGGAUUUGCAGUUGGAUGUGGCCCAUAUGGCUGCAAAAAUGGCUGAAGGAGUGCAGCGUGGUCUGAUCCUUAGAAAUGAGAAGGCUAGCGACAACUACUCCACCGACUUCAUCCACCGCUUGUAUUCUGAGGAGGGCAAGGGUCUCUUCAGUGCCAGAAGCAACGUCCUUGGUCACAUGCAACAAGGAGGGUCUCCAUCUCCAUUUGAUCGCAACAUGGGCACAAAAAUGGGCUCCAAAGCCGUGGAGUGGUUGAUCGAGAAGCUGAGGGAAUCGAUCCAACCUGAUGGCUCGGUGAACGCAACUUCACCAGACACUGCUGUCAUGCUGGGCGUCGUCAAACGACAGUACCGGUACACGCCCUUGGUUGACCUCAAAAAGGAGACCGAUUUUGAGCACCGCAUCCCAAAGAAGCAGUGGUGGCUAAAACUACGCCCCUUGCUCCGAAUCCUUGCCAAGCACGACUCGUCUUAUGAAGAUGAGGGUGUUUACAUGACCAUUGAAGAGGGCUGCGAUGUCGACACCUCCAUCAUCUAAUGAGGCAGCCACCCCUAUUCAGUAGUCUUAACAAAUGAAUUGCAAUUUAUCUCAAGUGAUAGGUCACGUUGGUUGGUGAUUAGAAUAUUAAAAAUAUUAAUGUCGUAACACUAACGUCAAGCAUUGCAGUAUUUUAGAGUUCAUUUUGUUUCAUAUAGAAAUAUGCGUUUUCUGGUCUCUCAAAGAUUCCUAUUAAUAUGAAACAUCUGGAUGUUUCCCUUAAUUUAUCUUCGACUGUUUUGUCUUAUUUUUCUCCUUUGAGAUUGAUCUUCUAUUUAUGGUAUGUCCACCUGAUUUGUUAACUAAUGUAUAAUUUGAAUGUUGCUAUCCGUUUGAAUUAAAGGAUUACUGUGGAGUAUUAAA